AUGGGAGCUAGAUGGAGGAUAGGAACGGGCACUUCCACUUAUGUCCUUAAUCAACCGUGGAUUCCUUCAAAGGACAAUCCGUAUGUGAUUUCUUCUCAUGAGUCUCUUCGUCGUUAUUCUGUUUUCAACCUUUUACAAGAUGGAAAUAUGUGUUGGGAUGAAGAAGUAUUGGAAGAUCUGUUUGAACCAAGAGAUAUUGAUCUCAUUCGCAACAUACCUUUGCCUUUAACUCUGAAUAUGGACUCAUGGUAUUGGGCGUUUGAAGAUUAUGGAAACUAUUCAGUUAAAAGUGCCUACCGUGCGUUGCAAGUGCUUAACGAGAGAUGGAAUUCACAAGACAACUCUGGUUUUUGGAAGAAGUUUUGGUAUUUAAAACUUCCUCCAAAAGUUAAGAAUUUUCUUUGGAGGGCCCUCUCUAAUUGCCUUCCCACUCUUGUUUUACUUCAAAUUAAGCGAGUUAAUGUGACUAGUAUUUGUCCUCUUUGCAGUGGUGAUGCCGAGACUACUUUUCAUCUUAUGGUUACUUGUCCUUUUACUAUGGCUUGUUUGGAGAGGGGGUUGGGUUUUACUCUCAUGAUUGGAGAUGUUGAAUUUGGUUACUUGUUUGUGAGCUUCUGUAAUGCUCACCCAGGAGAUGGUAUUGAAAAACUGUCUAUAAUUUUAUGGGGUGUUUGGGGAGCUAGAAAUGACUUGCUUUGGAACAAAAAGCUUGCUUCUGUUGAAAGAGUUGUAUCUGCUGCAGUUACGUACCUUAAACUUUGGAAAGUUGCUCAGUUGAAAAAUGGAGAUGCUUCGACAUCUACUAGCCAUGCCUCGGCUGGUUCUGAGCUUUGGAGUAAACCAUCAUUGGAAAAAAGUCAUGGUUUUGGGUGGAUUGCUCGUGUCCCGGCUGGUGUGCUUCUUACUGCUACUACCGAGAAGAGGAUUGGUGAUGUUGACCCUGUGGUGGCUGAAGCAAUGUCAAUGAAGGAAGCUUUAAGUUGGCUUAAGCAAACUUGGGGAGAUGGUGGUUCGUUUGAAGUUCAGUUUGUUAAACGGUCUUGGAAUCAAGCGGUUAAUUGGUUAGCUCGUUCUUCUGGUUCAUGUCGUGACCGUCUUUCCUGCAUGGGGUCUAUCCCUAUUGGCUUAGAAGCUAUUUUAUUAGCUGAUUUGCAUUAA